UUCAUUACAAACAGCAGUGAGAUUUCUCUGCCUUCAUUCCUCUUAAAAUUGAGGGAAUACAGUAUUUAAAUCUUACUAUGUGGAGGAGCGAGCACUUACAUACUCUAUGAUGUAGACACCCUCUUAACACAUCUAAAAAUGGACUUGACAUACACUUCACGAAAACUUAAAUGUAUGGAAAUAGCCUACUGAAGCUAACGUAAAAGCACUUACUUGUAAUAUUUUUUAUCCCCUCUAAAUCGGGUCGGAGUUAAAACGUAAUGUGUACCGACUUGCGCCAUGCUUUCCGAGCAUUAAAUAUUUACGCCUAAACGGUCGUCAUUUUUUUUAUUAUCGCUUUGUAGCAGUCAUUUAUUUCAAUUAAUAGAAUCGAGAUAUCGUCAGUGCAGUGACUUCCGGUGGCAGUUUCAAUUACGUGAAUUUAGUUUUAUGUACUGCUGUUUAUAAAUUGUUUAUUUAUUAGUUUAACUGCAGAAUGAAUAACAAUUUUAAAAUGAACAAGCUGAAACCACGUUUAGCAGCUGGAAGUCCUUACCAACGACCAAAUCUGGGAGGUGUUGGACAAAAUAUGUACAAUCCGUUCCAAAGCAAUUCUACAAUGGGAAAUGCUAUACGGUUUCCGCCUUCCCAACAAAUGAUGCCGGCAAUGACCCCGUACAGCAGCCGCACUCCUACGUACGGCUUCCCGUAUUUCCAGGAAGUACCUUUCUGUUCGGAGCAGUGGAGUCCCACACCUCAUGCAAUGCAAGAUUAUGGGCCACCCACAGAAAUAAUUGAAGAUACGACUUCAGACAAGGAAGAUUCGAGCGGAAGUAAGGAGCUGAAGCCAACUCCGAGCACGUCGCUGUCGAAGACGUCCGACCGGCAGGUCCGGUUCAGCCUCUCAACAAAUCAGAGCAGCAGCAAGAUGACCGACGCAACAAAGCGCUGGGAAGACGACCCCAGGCCAUCGAGGGUGCUCACAGGACCAAUAGACAAGAUCAUCAAAUGGGAGAAGAUGAGAGAGACCUGUGGCCUGCUAUUUGAAGUCGUCGCGCCACUCGUGACGGUGAGGUCAGGAGGCUUCCGUUGCGAGAAGAUGCUUUUGCUGAGAGACGAGGCCACCCCAGCCCUCCAGUGUCUCUUUUACACGAUCGACCGACCUCUGCCCUCGUUGCAGAAGGGGCAAUUAGUCAGAUGUGUGGGCGAGAUGGUGUCGAAGAACAAGUUGAAGGCGUACUCGGUGCGCGCUGCCACUGCUGGAGAGAAGGCAGGUCUGCAAAGACUCUUCUUCGCGUCCCAGCGCGCCGUGACUGCCCUGAUGCUGGCCACUCCAGAGCCCUGAGGAGGAGUCUCUUCGCUUUUCGACUGUUCCUCGUUUCAUUCCAGCUCUGUCCAGCUUUUCAUUGCUAACAGUUCGAUUUCUCUCCCUCGUUCCAGUACAUUUUAAGAUUCGUUGUAAUAAUAUUGUUCGAAUAAUGUUUAGAGACGUUAAUAUAGCGUUUCGAAUUGUAAAUCGAAGUAGUGUUUUAUGUCGACAAUCGAUUGCUUCUCUUUUUAAUCGAUUAAAGGAAAAGUUUAAAUAACGUUGAGCACAAUAAAGCAAAUGUUUCUCAUU